AUGUUGCAAUCUAUGAAAUUGCGUACAGAUCAACUUUCCGAUGCAAAUAGCGGCAGCAACAACAACAACACUAGUAGUAAUAGUAACUCCAACACAACUGGUGUAGUAAUGGUGGACAAUGGUCUUGGUACACCAUCCACAGCCACAUUAAAUCCCCAACUUUACAGUCCGACUACCAACACUAAUGCCGGGACAUUGUCAGCACCUGUUGCCCGAAUUGUGGCAGCAACAGCACCGGCGGCACUUGCCACAGCUCAUGCUAAUGGACUUGGUGUAGUUGUUUACACUAAUAAUAAUAGCAGCAACAACAACAGUAACGGCACUAGUACUACUCCUAUCAUUGGCAAUGGCGACAGUAAUCUAGCCGGGCUCGGUAUUAACAAUAACAAUAAACAUAUGAUGAUGGUAAACAAUAAUCAUUUAAAUAAUAGACAACAGCAGCAACAACAACAUCCACUACACCAACAGCUACAACAGUAUCAGAGCCAGUAUUUAGAAACUGCAAUGGCUGCUGAGACAGCAACAGCGGUCACAAUUAAUUCAAGCAAAGUUACAACGGCAGCAGCAUCGAAAAGUUUUCAUCCCUAUUCACGUCCUCCACCACUGGCAACGGGAGCGGCAACAGUAGCUGCCACCCAUCAACCCCUCUCACUAUUAUCAGCAUCAUCAACAACAUCGCCAGCUUUGUGCUUAUCGUCCUUUGGCUAUUCAGCAACACAAAUAAAUUCCACCAUUGGGAAUUUAAAAACAAAUGCUGUUACAGCUGUGGCGAACAGCGGCAGCAACAACAACAACAGUGCUACAAACACUUCUACAGCAUCAAGUGGAUUAUUAACUUUGCCUGCAACAACUUCGGCGACGACAACAACAGAAUUAUCAUCACAGUUGCCAACUACACAAACAUCGUCAGGAACUUUAUUAGCCAACGGUAACAAUAACAGCAACAACAAUAUGGAAUACCAACAGCAUCAGCAACAACAACAUCAAUCCUCAGAAACUAAUCCUAUGGUGCCGGGCAGUAGCAGCGCAGCAGCUAGCAACAACGAUGAUACCCACACAAAUACUGAAAUUAGUGAUCAGCAACCAGAAUCGACUAAUGACAGUUUAGCAUUGGUACCAUUCGGCACACCAAUGGAAUGUUCAGAUAUAUCAUUGACGACGACGACGACAACAAACACAGAUGAAUUCGCCAAAGAACAACCGGAUCCGGAUACGAUAAAAAUGUUUGUCGGCCAGGUGCCAAAGGCAUGGGACGAAACAAAGUUACGUGCCCUUUUCGAACAAUACGGGCGGGUGCAUACGCUGAAUGUGCUGCGUGACAAGGUUACCAUGAUGAGCAGAGGAUGCUGUUUUGUGACGUACUAUACACGUAAGGCUGCUUUGAAGGCGCAGGAUGCUUUGCACAACAUCAAAACCUUAGAUGGGAUGCACCAUCCCAUACAAAUGAAACCAGCCGAUAGUGAAAAUCGUAACGGUAAGUAAAACAAUAUUUUUC